AUGACACAGUACCUGGAGGAUUAUGCACGAUGCCACGAAUAUGCCGGCUCGACUCUAGAAGACCGUAUCGUUUUCGACGCUCGUGUGAAGACGGUGAAGAAGACAGAAGAGCAUCUUUGGCACGUCGAAUUGGAAGGUGGCGGUGGUUGGGCAAAAUUUCUUCGUGCCAGAAAAAUCAUUGAUGCGUCUGGCAUUACCACGGAGCCAGAACUUCCCAACAUUGCAAACCUAUCAUUAUUCAAUGGCACCCAGACACACAUGAAAAACCUCGCCUCAUCGGACAUCUUCACCAACACGACCUGUAACCGCGUUGUGGUGAUUGGUGGUGCCAAGUCCGCCGCGGAUGCGUGCUAUUCUGCUGCGCGGGCCGGAAAGACGGUGUACUGGAUCAUCCGCAAGUCGGGAAACGGUCCCUGUUUCUUUGCACCGGCCCACGCAUCGCCGCCAUUUAAAGCACCCGACGAGCCUCUCCUGACCCGAAUUCUGUUCUACAUCUUGUCUUCCCACUUUGUCGAUGACACAUUUUUUGUGCGCCUCCUGAACCGGACAGCAAUCGGGCGCAGCGUCAUCCGUUUCUUAUGGCGGUUAAUCGAAAGGGACUGCCGUAAGGCAGCGAACUAUGGCCGGCCCGACCCCAAAGGGAACGGCUUCAAGCAUCUGGAGCCAGAUACGCCCCUCUUCUGGGCUAAUGACAACACUGGUGUCGAGCAGCGCGACGACUUUUUCGACGUCAUUGCCGAAAAUGUCAAGAUCUUCCGAGAGGAUAUUGCGCAUAUGGAAGCCGAUGCUGUGGUCCUCGCUGAUGGGACCCGUAUUGCCGCUGACGCGCUCAUUUACGGAACAGGAUGGAAACAAACUCUCGGUCACUAUGAUCCGCAGACAUCAUUGUCACUCGGACUCCCUGUCCCCUUAAGUCUCGGCCCCGCGGCCGCCGUCGACUGCCACAAGUGGGACGCAUUAGAAUUUACUGCCGAGAAAACAGUCCUGAACCGGUUUCCUAUCCUUGCUCACCCCCCACAAUUCUUUAAAAAAGAGCCCAAGACGACGCCGUACCGUCUGUACCAGACCAUUGUGCCCAUAAGCGACUCGUCGAUUGUGUUCGUGGGCCGCAUGAGCUUCGUCAAUUCUUGGCGUGUUGCCGAAGUGCAAUCCUUGUGGGCUGUCGCCGCUCUGGACGGCAGGAUUCAGGCUCUCCAGUCAAAGGCCGCAGUGGAAAAGGACGUUGCGGAAACAGUGGUCUGGUGUCGCCGGCGGUACCUCAACAAGGGCGAUAUCGCAAACUGGUUCUUGUGGGACUGCGUCGCGUAUACGGACUGCCUCCUCCGAGAAUUGGGACUAAAGAUCCAUCUUGGUAAGGAGGGCCUGUUGUCGCCGUGCCGGGCGAAGAGCCUCGGCGGUCUGGUGGAAGAAUACAAAGCGAAAUAUUGUACUUAA